UGUAUCUUCACUAAACAAGCCCGUCAUAGGUGUCAGGACUGUCAAAUCCUUGCGCGCGGCGUGGAAUAGUUGGUCUAUGCUGCAUUGCCUCCCCUUCGCAUCUUUUAUGCAUUGAGGAGAGGGAGACCACAGAAUUGCAGACGCGAUCACCAGUCAGGCAUUGGCGCCGGCACUCAUUUCGCCCACAUUCACCUGUGGCAGACUCCGGGAAAUGAAUGGGCUUCACCUUGACAAGCCCAAUGGUGCGUCGGCAUCAGGGCCAGGCCCCGAGAAAGGGGGCUUGACCCCCGCGGCCCCAGCCUUGCUCCAUCGCUCGCUGCAGUCUGAACCCUACCAAGUCACCGGUGCGAAGGGUCUGUACUUGACUCUCUCCGACGGGCGGACAAUCAUGGAUGCCUGCGGCGGCGCCGCGGUGGCGUGCUUGGGCCACGGCAACGAGGAGGUCCUGCAGGCGGUCGUCCGCCAGAUGAGCUCGGGCGUCAGCUACAUCCACUCCCUGACCUACACGACCGACUCGGCGGAAGAACUGGCGCACCACCUCAUCGACGGACCCCAGGGCGCGGGCCGCUUCGGGCUCGAGCGCGCGUACUUUGUCAACUCGGGGAGCGAGGCCAUGGACGCGGCCCUGAAGUUGGCCAGGCAGUACUUUUUCGAGCUGGGCCAGACGUCCCCGACGACGACGGGGGCCAGAUCCCACUUUGUGAGCAGGAAGCAGAGCUACCACGGCACCACCGUCGGCGCCAUGAACGUGAGCAGCAACCUCCCUCGGAAGGUACCUUAUGCGUGUUUCCAGCUGGACAAUGUCAGCUGGGUCACCCCCGCGUACGCGUACCAGUACUCGGACUGGCGACGGGGGGAAACCGAAGAGGAAUUCGCGCAGAGGCUGGUGGACGAGCUGGACGCGCAUUUCGUCGAGAUCGGACCGGAGAAGGUCGUCGCGUUUAUCGCGGAGCCGCUCGUCGGCGCCACCAGCGGAUGCACACCCGCCCCCAAGGGCUACUUCAAGGGAGUCCGGCAGGUUUGCGACAAGUACGGCAUCCUGCUGAUCCUGGACGAAGUCAUGAGCGGCAUGGGCCGGACGGGGACCCUGUUCGCUUUCGAGCAGGAGGACGUCGUGCCGGAUCUCGUCACCAUCGGCAAGGGCCUGGGCGGCGGGUACGCCCCCGUCGCGGGCGUCUUGAUCCACAAGAAGAUCGUCGACGUCCUGCGCGCGGGCACGAGCAGCUUCAACCACGGGCACACCUACCAGGCCCAUCCGGUGGGCUGUGCCGCCGCGCUGGCGGUGCAGAAGAUCCUGCGCCGUGACGGGCUGGUCGAGAACGUCGCGCGGCUGGACCGGUUUCUGUACCCUCUGCUCGUCGACACGUUUAAAUCCUCAAAGUACGUGGGCGACAUCCGCGGCCGCGGGCUGUUCUGGGGCAUAGAAUUCGUCCAGGACAAGACCACGCGCGAGUCUUUCCCGCCGCAGGUGGGCUUCGGCGGUCGCUUCCAGGCCAUGGUCUUUGACCUGGGCGUCGCUGUCUAUCCUGGCUCGAGCACGGUGGAUGGCAAGAAAGGCGACCAUGCUAUCCUGAGCCCGCCGUACAAUGUGACCGAGGACGAGCUGAGGAAGAUCGUCGAGGUGAUGAAGACGGCGUAUGAUCGCUUGGAAAAGGAAGUGGACGGCGAGUCUUGGGAUCAGAAGGCUGCAAAUGGACAUGCGAAGCCAUAUUGAACUAGACCUAAACAUCCAAGCGGGCCGCGAAAGAUCAGAAGUGGUCUGAGUAUUACUAUUACCCUGCGCUGCUUCCAUGCAUCACAAAGUCCGCCCCAUUUCUUCCGAGCUCGAAGAACUCCUCGAUAAUGUC